AUGGUUCUAGAAAACGCCCAAACAGACCCUAUCCCCCCAACGGGCGCCGAACCAACCAACGACAGCGACAACACCCCAAACACAAAAUACCAGUAUCACUCGCUCUACAUAAAACGCGACCUAAUCGCCAACCCGGACCCAUUCACCCUCUACUUCGGAUUCUUCGGACGGUGGAACUACGACCGGAAAGUCACAGCCAAUGUACUCCGCCGAGUCGAAAAUGCGCGCGUUCUCAUUCAGCGGCUCCCCACACAGGACGAACUAGAUGCGAUGGUCACACACAGCAGUCGCAGUUUGUACCACGAGCGGAUCGGCGCGCCACUGGGAGGACUCGUCGGAUCAGCGCUGUUGUGGAACCAGGCCAGGAAGUCGGAGUUGUAUCCGGCUUAUUUCCCCAAGGCUUCGGGGCCGGAGGGGAAGAUGCCGUCUCCGGGGGAGAUUAUACAGGCCGCGAAGAGGUUCGCGGUUGCUGAGCCGACGGUGGCGAGACGGGCGGCUUUUGUGAUGUGUUUCAAGAUGUUGUUCUAUAGUGUGGCGGGCGCAACGUUUUCGAGUGUUUAUGCGGUCUAUAAAGAGACGACGAAUACGAUGGGAGACUCGCGGUUGAAGGAGUUCUUGGCAGACUUGAAAAAGCAGAAUCCUGAUGAGAUAAGGAAGAGAAAGAUGGAGUCCAGGGGGCGGAGGUCGGUGGGUGAGCAGCAUGGUGUCGUUGAAAUGGAUCAGGGUGGUGAGUAUGCUUCGGAGUAUUCUGGGGGUGACGUUCAGUCUACAGGGGUAUCUGUUCCUGAUCGUCGUCCGGUGUUGGAACCUGUUGGUGGUGGUGGAUUGGGUGCAGAUCAAGGCCGUGGAGGAGAUUUCUUCGAUGAGGAUGAUGCUAGUCCCACGGCGCCUGAGUAUAGAACCAGUAGGGCCGCGCAGGCUGGUUACUCGCAGGGAAGUGCCUGGGAGCGGAUUCGACAACAGAAUACUUCCGCGCCUGCUCAGUCUAGUCGUCAGGAUGCAUCUAGCCAGCAGUCACCACAGUGGGACUCAUGGAGUUCUCCAUCAUCAGAAAGUGACAAGCAGCGAGAGAGGGAGCAAGCUCGUGCUGAAUUUGACCGGUUAUUGGACGCGGAAAGGAAUAUUGGACAAGAGUCGGCGAGCGAAGGGCGCAACAAAGGUUGGGGAAAGUGGAAUUAA